GUCAUGCUGCUGACCAACCGCCUCCAGUGCGCCCUCGCUUUGCUCGUCUCGGCCGCCCUGGCGCUCAGCACCGUGGCCGCUGCCCCUUCGGACCCGAGGCUCCGGCAAUUCCUGCAGAAGUCGCUAGCCGCGGCGGCGGGGAAACAGGAACUGGCCAAGUAUUUCCUAGCAGAGCUUCUCUCAGAACCGAACCAGGCAGACAAUGAAGCCCUGGAGUCAGAUGACCUGUCUCGCGGUGCUGAGCAAGACGAAGUCCGGCUGGAGCUGGAAAGGUCGGCCAACUUGAACCCACCUCUGGCGCCCCGAGAACGCAAAGCCGGAUGCAAGAAUUUCUUCUGGAAGACAUUCACAUCCUGUUAGCUUUUGAAAUUUCUUCCUUUUCCUCCCCCCCUGUACCCCAACUCAACUCUCU